AUGGCUAAAACAAGCGAUGUUUCUCCUCUUUGCGAUUCCUUUAAUUCGCAAGCCUCAACUUAUGACCGUCGGCUUGGAGGCAGUACUCGUAGAGUCAUUGAAUACAUUAUUCCUCUACUCUCUGGCUUACCCGAGAGACCAAAGGUACUUGACAGUGCUUGUGGACCUGGCAUGGUAACAGAAGCCAUUCUGAAGGCAUAUCCUAAUGCCCGCAUCUACGCCUCAGAUCUUGCACCAAGUAUGAUAGCUUUGCUCGACAAUCUCAUCGAUUUAAACGUUUGGAAAGAUCGAGUCGAGACAGCCGUUAUGGAUGGCGUGAGUCUGAGCUACGCAGACGAAACUUUCGAUGCUUCCAUAGUGAAUUUUGGAAUUUUCUUCUAUUCUGAUCCUAUUACUGGUGCAAAGGAGUUAUAUCGCACCUUAAAACCGGGCGGAAAGGCAGUUGUGACAUGUUGGAAGGAAGUACCAUUCUAUCCCGUCCUCCACUCUGUCCAAGAAGUGAUUAAACCCGGUUCUAAACCUAUCGCUUUAUCCACACUUGAACGCUGGACUCAGAAAGAAACAUUAGAAUCGACGCUUAAGUCUGGGGGAUUCGAAAAUGUGGAAAUUUAUGAGAAGGAGGUUAUGUGGUGGAAUGAAGGUAUUCAGGAAGCAGCCAAAGGAUUCACCGAUAAUUUCGUCAAUAUGGUUGGUGAUCAGUGGCCGGAUUCAGAGAAGGAUCAACCCUGUGGUGUCACGGAAUCUCUUUUGAUAGAGAACAAGGAUGGGUUGGUAGUGAAGACUGGCGGUAAAAUCGGGUUUCCUAUGGUUGCUUGGAUAGCUGUAGCAACCAAAUCUAUGAAGUGA